GUUUCAGACCUCUCUCUCUCUCUCUCUCUCUCUCUCUCUGCUUUCCGAGUUCCAUCCAUAUACAGAGGGAACCAAGGUAAAAGAGAGGCAUUGAGAAGGGGGAAUCAUGAAAAAGAACUCAUUUUUCAAGUGGGUUUUGUUGCUCUGCAUGGUGUUGUAUCUGGGUGCUGAGCUGAUCCAGGGUAGUGUCAACUAUGAUAGGAAGGCCAUUGUCAUUAAUGGGCAAAGAAGAAUACUUAUUUCUGGUUCCAUACAUUACCCCAGAAGCACUCCCGAGAUGUGGGAAGAUCUGAUAAACAAGGCUAAACAAGGAGGCUUGGAUGUGAUUGAGACCUAUGUUUUUUGGAAUGUUCAUGAGCCUUCUCCUGGAAAUUAUAAUUUUGAAGGGAGAUACGAUCUGGUCAGGUUCAUAAAGACUAUUCAGAGAGCUGGACUUUAUGCUCAUCUUCGCAUUGGGCCUUAUGUUUGUGCAGAGUGGAAUUUUGGAGGAUUUCCAGUUUGGCUGAAGUAUGUCCCAGGCAUCAGCUUCAGAACAGAUAAUGAGCCUUUCAAGAUGGCUAUGCAAAGUUUCACUGAAAAAAUUGUUAAUUUGAUGAAGAGUGAAAAUCUGUUUGAGUCCCAGGGUGGCCCCAUCAUACUUUCUCAGAUUGAGAACGAGUAUGGGCCACAAGGUAAGGCACUUGGAGCUGCUGGUCAUCAGUACAUGACUUGGGCUGCAAAUUUGGCGGUUGGGUUGGGUACAGGAGUACCCUGGGUAAUGUGUAAGGAAGAAGAUGCCCCGGAUCCAGUGAUCAACACGUGUAACGGUUUCUACUGUGAUGCUUUCUCACCCAAUAGGCCCUACAAACCCACAAUUUGGACAGAGGCUUGGAGUGGGUGGUUUACGGAAUUUGGUGGCCCGCUUCAUCAGAGGCCAGUUCAGGAUUUGGCAUUUGCGGUUGCUCGAUUCAUACAAAAGGGAGGAUCUUUUGUUAAUUACUACAUGUACCAUGGAGGCACCAAUUUUGGACGUUCUGCUGGUGGCCCUUUCAUCACUACUAGCUAUGACUACGAUGCUCCGCUUGAUGAAUAUGGUUUGAUCAGGCAACCAAAAUAUGGUCACUUGAAGGAGCUUCAUAGGGCUAUUAAGCUCUGUGAGCGUGCUUUAGUUUCGGCAGAUCCUGGUGUGACUUCUUUAGGAGGCCUUCAACAGGCUUAUCUAUUUUCUUCAGAAACAGGAGAUUGUGCAGCUUUUCUUUCAAACUAUGAUACUAAGUCUGCUGUAAGAGUGAUGUUCAAUAACAUGCACUAUAACUUGCCUCCUUGGUCCAUUAGCAUCCUUCCCGAUUGCAGGAAUGUAGUCUUCAAUACUGCCAAAGUUGGAGUUCAAACAUCACAUAUGGAAAUGCUUCCAAGCAAUGCUGAGAUGUUCUCUUGGGAGACUUAUAAUGAAGAUUUAUCUUCUCUAGAUGACAGUUCAACAUUUACUGCUCUUGGUCUGUUGGAACAGAUAAAUGUCACUAGGGACACUAGUGAUUAUCUGUGGUACAAAACUAGUGUUGAUAUAGGUUCAUCUGAAUCCUUCUUGCAUGGUGGAGAACUCCCUACUCUGAUAGUGCAGUCCACAGGCCAUGCUUUGCAUGUGUUCAUCAAUGGACAGCUUUCAGGUUCUGCCUUUGGGACAAGGCAGAAUAGGAGAUUCACAUUUACAGGGAAAGUCAAUCUGCGAGCUGGAACAAACAGAAUUGCAUUGCUCAGUGUGGCUGUUGGAUUGCCGAAUGUGGGAGGACAUUUUGAAACAUGGAAUACAGGAGUCUUAGGUCCAGUUGCACUGCAUGGACUUGACCAGGGAAAAUGGGAUUUGUCCUGGGCAAAAUGGAACUACCAGGUUGGGCUGAGAGGAGAGGUCAUGGAUCUUGUGUCUCCAAAUACUAUUUCUUCUGUUGACUGGAUGCAAGGUUCAUUAAUUGCACAAAAACAGCAGCCACUAACAUGGCAUAAGGCUUAUUUCAAUGCACCAGAAGGAGACGAACCACUAGCUUUGGACAUGAGCAGUAUGGGAAAAGGACAAGUAUGGGUUAAUGGUCAGAGUAUUGGAAGAUAUUGGACUGCAUAUGCUACUGGUAAUUGCAACGGAUGCAGUUACUCUGGGACAUUUAGGCCUCCUAAGUGUCUACUUGGCUGCGGUCAACCAACCCAGAAAUGGUACCAUGUGCCUAGGUCUUGGUUAAAACCGGCGCAAAACCUAUUAGUACUUUUUGAAGAACUUGGGGGAGAUCCUACAAGAAUUGCUCUUGUGAAAAGAUCAGUAACCAGUGUUUGUGCCGACGUCACCGAGUAUCACCCAACCAUUAAAAAUUGGCACAUUGAAAGUUAUGGUAAAACAGAAGAGUUUCACAAUCCCAAAGCUCACCUUCGCUGUGGUCCUGGCCAGUCCAUUUCUUCCAUCAAGUUUGCAAGCUUUGGAACACCUUUGGGAACUUGUGGGAGUUUCCAGGAAGGAACUUGUCACUCUCCUACCUCAUAUUCCAUCUUAGAGAAGAAAUGCAUAGGACGGCAGAGAUGUGCAGUGACCAUAUCGAACAGUAAUUUUGGGCAAGAUCCAUGUCCUAAUGUAUUAAAGCGGUUAUCUGUUGAAGCAAUUUGCUCCCCUAUGUCUUCCACAACCACUCAACCCUAGGGGUUGGCAAGGUAAAAAGUGGCUCAAGUAUUGCAUCUUUUGAGUUUUAACUACCCAUACUAGCAAGGAGGAAAGUAACGAAGGAAGAAUAAAGGAUCAAGUACAGGAAAGGUUUAUUAGUAAGAUUGGUGAAGCCAGAUAGUUUUUAAUUUAAGGGUGCGCAAGAGGCCUUUGCAGAGUAGUGACUUUUAGGUAAGUUAAGUUUGUAGAUUCUGGGGUUCUAAAUUGUGAGCCCCAAGGUGGAUGUCAGCUAUGGUUCCCCAACUUUUAACCGGAAAUGGGAACCGAGAAAUGUGUCAUUCUUAGUUGUCAGGAGCAUUGGUGUGAUUUAUUAGUUUGUUUGUAUCAUUGGGGAAAAUCAAACCCCAAUUAGGUUCAUGUUAGGUGUGGAUCCUAAGAUGACCCCCUUUUUCUGUUGUGCAGUUCUUGUUGAUAACUAAAGCUUCUAUCAUUUCAAUUUUAGUUUCUUGGUAUUGUUUUUGUUAAAACUACUGCUGGUGAAGUAAGUUGAAAUAUGGAAAUUAAGGAGGCGAUGCUGCCGGAUACAUUUUGACCGACUUUCUGAAUGAAACCAAACUUUGUACAGGCAGUGGCUAAAUUCUUAUCAAAGUUGCACUUCCAAUCUAAUUUACUACUUGUACAUGUAACCUUUUCGGGAAUGGAG